CAGGGGCGAUUAAAAAAAAAUCUGUGCAAAAUUGUGAUUACAUUGAUUCAGUGACAGAAGGAGUCGACCGUCUCAAUUGUAAAUUAAAAAAUUUUUCAUCUGUGGAAAAGUGUUUACAUUGUAAGGGUGUAUCGAUAUAUUGAUCGAGACAGUGUCAUUGAAACAUUCACACGUCAAUUGAUUGAGUACACGAGAUGCAAUAGCCAAGUGUUAAUGUUUACACUCAGUCACGUUCAAGUUGAAGGCCUCAAACGGGUACCAACAAUGAGACGACAGUCGGUGUUGCUGCUCUGCGCAGUGGCGUUUGUCGGCUUUGCAAAUGCAAGCCCUUAUUCGAAAAUACCGGAUAAUUAUCACGGACAGGGAUACGCUAAUGCCAAAGCAUCUGCUUACUCAAGUGCAAGUAGUCAAGGUAGUUACAGCUCUUCUGCAUCAUCAUCGGCAUCGAGUUCUGCGUCGAGUGGAGCUUAUUCCUCCAGCAAUGCCAAUGCCAAUGCCAAUGCAGUUGGAGAGGGUGAGGAUGGUUAUCUCCUGAAGAAUCCUGGAACUGGAUUUUUGGCUUUGGAGAACAAUGCUGAAGUGCCUCAACAGGAGCUUCAGACCCCCCACGGUUUUGUCCCAGCAGACCAGUCAGGGAGUCAAUCUGGUGCAGGUCAGACUCAACAGGGAGGCCAAUUCUGGUGGAUGGGGGCUGAAAGUCCCUUCGGGCCGGGUGGCAAGCCCUCGAUAGGCUGUGGAGCCAACGGAUGCUCAUCAAGUGGAACUUUCAAUCUUCAUCACGGCAGUGGUGCAGCUCAUGCUGCUAAUGAUCAGGGACACGUUCAAGUGCAGGCGCAUCAGAAUCCGUUCCUGGGUGGCAAUGCUGGAUCCUUCAGCGCUGGAAGCAGUUAUCACGGUGGUUCUCAGUAUUCAGGAUCUUCUGGAUCUGGAUCUGGAUCAUCCUCUGGCUCCGGUCAGAAUAUCGAUUUCUCUAAGAAUCCGUUUUUCCAUGGAGGAGCGUCUUCUGGAGCUGGUGCCUCUGCAACAGCAUCUGCUCAUGCCAAUGCAGCUGCCAAUGCUGUCGCUAAUGCAGCCGCUAAUGCCAAGGCCAAUGCCAAUGCACAUGCCAAUGCUAACGCACAUGCCAAUGCCAAUGCCAACGCCGGGGCAUUCAAUAGAAAUCCGUUUGGAAGUUCUGGACGAGGGCAGAAACCCCAAGUACCUCAUGUUCCACAAAACGUCCAUCAAGCCCAGUAUCCGGAUGCCUCUCAGUAUGAUGAACAGGAUAAUUUCGAUGGCUAUCAUCAGCAGACUCCCACUGCCAAAUUUCCACCAACUAGUGGACUCACUGUCAGCUGCAAUGGAAAAGGAAAAAUCUGUGUUGCCAAGAAUCUCUGCAAUAACGGAUAUGUCAGCGGUAAUGUGCAAGGACUCACCCAAGUUCGAUCUGACGCCCAGAACUGUGAUGUGAAUCGCGAGGUUUGCUGCAACAUGCCCAUCCAGAAGACUCCUGACCAGUCAUCGGCUGGCACUGGUUACACAAGCGGAAUCUCCAGUUAUCCCCAUCAUGGAGGGAUCUUCGAUAAUGAUGAGCAACAGGAGAGUGAUCUGAGCGCUGGUGAUCUGGUGCCCCAGCAGCCGGAGGAGAGCAAUGGAUACCUUCCACCCAUUGGCAGUGAGGGCACUGUUAACGAUCCGGCCUUCCUCAGGCCUCCACAGCAACCCAAGGAGGUGGUCCCAGCUCCCUCGGAACCUGCACCCACUCAUGUUCAGCUUGGAUGUGCUGCAGCUCUUGUUUGUGUUGAAGAACAAAUGUGCGGUAUGGAUGGCACCAUGAGCCCAACUCCAGUUACUUUGACGAGCGAACAGCUUUUGAGACGUGUGCCGCUCAGUGACUGCAAAAACCCGGACAACGGAGUGGUCGGAAAGUGCUGUCGUGACCCCAACUACGUUGACCCCUGGCCAGCAGGCAACCUCCCAGCCAACUAUUCAGGUGGUUUCGACGAGCAGGGAUUCCCCACUUUCCUCAACAUCCAGAGAAAUCAGCGUCCAACGAAAAAACCCUCCAGCCCACCCCCAAUCAAAAGCUAUCCCCAACUCAAAGGUUCCCCAAGUGAGCCAUCUUCCCAGCAAAAACAAUUCCCAAGCUUCUCUGACAUUCAGAAUCAAAUAGGUGGUGCCUUCAACAAUUAUUUCAAGCCAACCCAAGCACCCCCAGCACCAACCGCUCUACCACCCUUCCCAACUAUUCCAAGUGCCGAUGCGCCUGUCGAUGAAGCCCCACCAAAACCAAAUAGGCCAGGCUUCCCAAGUUUCCCGAAUUUCCCCAAUUUUCCUAAUCCCUUCGGACAAAAGAAUUACGAAACGUCUCCGAGUGACGAACACCGCGUUGCCAUUGCACCCUACGCACCUGGAAGACAGUGCGGUGUUAAAAACGCAGUUCAACGGCCAAGUGGUUUAAACGACGUUGAAGUUGGCUUUGGUGAAAUUCCAUGGCAAGCGAUGAUACUCGAUAAUGAUAGAAAGAAACUACUUUGUUCUGGUGCAUUUGUUGCGCCCAACGCAGUUUUAACCGCAGCACGAUGUGUUGAUGGAUUCGAGCCCGGAAAGAUCUCAGUAAAAGCCGGAGAAUGGAAACUCGGCUAUGAACUGAAGCACGAGGAACCUUUGCCUUUCGAAAUCGUUCAGGUUGAAUCGAUUGUACCACACCCUGGCUACUUGCCUGGCUAUGCUGCACACGAUGUUGCUAUGUUGAUGCUUGAGAAACCAGUGACUGUGGACAAGCAUGUGGAUACGAUCUGCCUUGGAAGGCAGGAAGGACCGAAACCAGGAAGCCAAUGCAUCUCCACUGGGUGGGGAAAGUCUAUCCUUGAGACCCACGCCGCAGGAGCCCUGAUGCGCGCUAUCAACGUCGACGUGAUGAGCCUCCAGGAUUGCGAACAACGUCUCCAAGACGCUGAAGGCCCAGUUGACCUCGACGAGUCCCUGGUGUGUGCCAAGGCCCACAAGCAGAACAACAACAUGUGCCAGGUGGACUUCGGUGGUCCACUUGCCUGCGACAGAGGUGACGGACGCUACGAGAUAAUGGGAGUCUACACACAGGACACUGGAUGUCUUCCCACCAAUCAAGUAGCCACAUUUGCCAAGAUUGAUGACGCCUGGGUACAGCACACUCUGGACAAUCCACCAAUUGGUGCACCAGCUGAGUCCCAACGUCGUAUUGAGGUACCUCACACACACCAGAGAGAACAGCCCUGCGACUGCCAGAAGAGCAAUCUCUCACCCGAAAACAAUCAAUAUCUACCUCCCGUCUAAUCGGGCUGACUGAAUCCAUUAAUUCUUAUUCAACUCGAAUAUUAACAAUAAUGAUUUUGAUGAGCGCCUAACUCUUGCGUUUCUAUUUAUCCCUCGAUUGCAAUAAUUAAGAGUUCAGUUAGAAGCUAAAAUUUGUUUAUCUAACGCCAUAAUUUUAAUGAAAUCAAACGACAGUUUAGAGGGCCUUUAUCAUUAAUUUCUAAAAAUGUGAAAAUUAUGAAUUUCAAAUGGAAAUAAUUUUCCUUUCCUAUGUACUCAUGUGGGCCUGUAAUUCUUAUGUACUUAAGUGUCAGUCGGUAAAUUAUGUAAAUUAGUUGACUGUGCAGCAGAGAAAUGAAAAUUGUUUUUCGUCCAUAGGACAAUUAUGCAAUUUCUAAUGUAUUUAUGAAUGUAUGUGAUAAUUCGGUGUCUCCUUUUAAUUAUACAUUCUGUGACAUUUCAUCACGUGAAAAAUAAACUUGAAUGUAAAAAUUAA